AUGGCAUUGCAGCAACCCUACCAUUACCUUGCAACAUCAUCCAACCGCAACCGAAUAUAUCUUACUCAAUCAUCCGGUGACAAGAAAGGGAGGGGCACCCAAUAUUCACCUGCCGAGCAAUUUGCACCACUUGCAUCGACCUUCCAACGGAGGCUCGUGAUAGGCAUUGGGUCAGCCUCGUUUGUAGCUAUUGGUGCUAAUUUUGGAGGAAUCACGAGCUUUUUCCUUGGACUUUCACCAGAUACAGGGCGUAAUCUCAAGCUAGAUGUUCUUUAUCCAAUAGGAGGAUAUAGUCGCUGCAUUCAGCCAACAGAUGAAGGAUUUGAAUUCAUCUAUCCAGCUACAUGGGUGGCGGACCAAACUUUAUUCUAUCGAGCAGCAGAACGGGCAGAACAGGAAAGAUCACUCGAUCCCCCUCCACUCAAUUCUGAUAAACGUCGCAAAAGGAAUGUGAAUGAACCAGUUGUAGCCUUUGGUCCUCCUGGCUCGACUGGUGAGCUUAACGUCAGCGUCAUUGUUUCACCAGUCUCUCCAGAUUUCAGGAUAGAAGCCUUUGGAGGACCAAAAGAGGUAGGAGAAGCUGUUAUCAGAACAAUAACUGCUCCCACUCGACGUCCAGAUGUGAAGGCUACAUUGCUGAGAUCAAACCUGAGAGGCGAUUCUCUGAAAAAUAUAAAUUAUUAUGAGUUAGAAUUUAGGGUUGAAAGCUCCUCGUUUCAGCGCCAUAAUGUGACUGUAUGUUGUGCCCAAAAUGGAAGGCUAUACACACUCAACGCACAAGCUCCAGAAUCAGCAUGGCAAAAAGUGAAAGAAGACUUCUACAAAAUUGCUGCCUCAUUUAGUCUAACUUCAUAACAUAUGCAUGGAAGCAUGUGUAUGUACAAUAAAGAACCAAAGAUCAAGAAACAAAUUCAUGUGGUUUCUGAAACUAAUCUAGCUACAUUCACGGUCAGACAAAAAGUUACUACGGAAUAUAUGAAAGACAGAUUGGUACAGAAUUCAGAAUCAUUUUGCUAGACUUUACUAAGGAUUUUAUAUGGUAUCCAAUACACAUAGGCGUGCAACAGAGCCUAAAAUUAUAGGCUGGAAUUAAUUCAAAAGAUAGCUUUGAAUUAACCGGAAGAAAUUCAGCUUGUAUUCUGAUAAGCCGUGCCACAGUGCCGCCCUUCAGCCUUCUCUCACAAUAGUCAUAAUUAUGAGAAGGAAAAAGGAAGCUAGUGAAUUUUAUUUUUUUAUAUCUUAUAUUAAAAAACUAGGCAAUAAUCAUACAAAAUAUCAUUUUGCUAAAUGUCUAAAAUAGAGGAUCCAUCCAAGAAUUGAUCCUUUUAAAAAUGUUGAAAGCUAACACGUUAACAAAUUAGCUUCCACAAUUUUCAUUUACCCAAAGUCCCAGUGUAAGCAAUCCUUCUAAAGACAGUCAUAAAAAACCAUGUCAAUUUAUUCACUUGUGAAGCAGUAAAUCACGAGUUAUGCUGUACGGAAAAAUUUGUAAACAAUCUUAUGGCUCAAUUUCACAUAGAUUAAAUUUUUAGCAUUUGCAGACAUAAGUGCAUGAGCAGCACCAGGAGUCCAUACUUUCUUCCCUUGUUUAUGCAAUUAAGCAGGAAGUGUUUUACAGUUUUCUUUUAAUGCCGAUUCAGAUUAUUUUAGGUACAUUCCAGAUACACUUUGGAUAGUAAAAUGAUGAACUACCCCUAUUAUACAUCCAAAGCAGCCUGGUAAGUGGUCACUGAUCAACUUCAUAAUUAAGUCCAGGAUUCGACACUCAAAGCAUUGCAGCAAAACGUGAGGAAAAGAACAAUGCGCAGACUUUAUUUGGGGGUUCUGUUAUGGAUACUAGGUUAUAGCCCCAUGGGUACAUGCCUGGGUGUAUCUAAGAAAGUAUAUUUUAUAAAGCAUCUAUUUUUAAUCUUUAUUUUGACAUAAUAUAACACUGUGAAUAACGUAACACAUUUUUUUUAUAGGAUUAUGGUUAUGCAUAAGAAAUUUUACACACCGCAGUUAAGUCUUCAUUAAUGAAGAAAGAAAAAUUAUACCAGUAUUAAAAUAAGUAGAAGAAUCCUAAUCUUGAGGUAAUCUAGUAAAAUUAUACAUAUAUUUUUUUUUUUUCCUACCGUCUUGCUGGCCAAAGUUUGCCAUCUUUGACCUUUACUUUGUUGAGAUUUAAUAUGAUAAGUAAUUUAGGCAUGUUAUUGUUGGAUAUAUACAAACUUUUUAAAAAAUCCAGAGUACAUUAAAUACAUCGGA